UGUUCGAUCAGUUGUCUAGUGGCUUUGUAAGCGUACGCAUCGCGGCAAAUAUAAACAACAAUUCUUUGUAAACACGAACUAGCGGAAGCCAAAGAGGUUAUCGGUCAAUGACUAAUUGAUAUUGAAUCGACAUUCAUCGUUAUCGCGCUGAUAAGCUGAUGAACUGCUAAGGCGCUAGGCAACCACCACUCUGCCAGUAACCGCGCGGCGUGCUACUGCAUUGCAAAUCUCAACUUGAACUUGAACGCAUUCGGAUUGCAAGAUUGGCCGCAAAUAAAAUUCGAAUGAAACGGUCCUUUGGUGCCUGCCUCACAUGUGGCAGGAAGAAACUCUCUGGCGCUGAUGGAUGCCCAAAGAGGGAACAUCGCGCAUGUGUGCCACCAGAGCAUGCCACCCCGCCGGGAACUGAGCAACUACUCUGGCCCUGCGACAUAACGCCGGUGUCGUCAAUUACUUCCGUUGAAUUCGGGGAGCGCGGCGCCAGAUAUUCUUGGCGCAUACCGUGGUUCCUUAUCGUCACGUCUUGUGUGCAGCUGUCCGUUUAUUUCAUCGCCAAUGAAUGCCUCACUCAGCGCCUGAUGCUUAUCCCCGGGCAUCCCGACGAAAUUUGGCGCUACUUCACCUACACUUUGCUACAUUCCGAUCUCAUGCAUCUGCUGCUGAACGUAUCUCUACAGUGUCUGAUUGGCUUUUGUUUGGAGUGCGAGCAGCAUCACUGGCGAGUGGCCUUGAUUUAUGUUGCCGGCGGGGUUGCCGGCUCCCUGGUCACCGCAUACUUGCAGCCGGAGUUGUCACUGCUGGGCGCAUCGGCGUGCGUUUACGCGCUGCUCACCAGUCAUGUGCCACACCUGGUGUUGAAUUUCCGUCAACUGCCUUUCCGUUAUCUGCGCAUUGUGUCUCUGCUGAUUUUGUGCCUCACCGACGUCACACUCACAGUGUACCAUUUGCUGGCCAAGCACAACUUGAACCCGCGCAUCUGCGUGGAGGCGCACAUUGCCGGCGCUGUGACUGGUCUCAGCCUCGGCCUUCUGCUCUUCGGUCUUGCCAAGCGUCAUUAUGGCCCCCACUGUUUGCUAUAAAUAUAUUUAUUGGUAUUAUAUAUGUAUGUGUAUAUUAGAUUAGAUAACCCUUAUAACUAUACGAGUAUUAAUAUCGAAACUUGAGCGCGAAUAUUUUUAGACUUCAUUAGUAUUCCAAGCGAAUAAACAAUUUUUACACUUUCAAAAUAUUUUGUUUGACUUCCAUAUUGGUAAAGUGGAAAGUAUUUAAAGCCUCGUGAUUUGAAGACAUUGACUGUUUUCGCAUUCAUUAUUAUAAGCUGUCAAAUAUAGUGUGGUCACAUAUUUCUUUAAAUACGAAUUUAAAUUCAAUCCAUAGUCAAUACGCCAAUUGAUUUUGUUUCGAAAACUCUUGCUCUUGUAGAUAUCUCAAAUGUUUAAGUUUUUUCAGUUGGUAGCCCUACGAUAAGUACCUCUAACCUAUGCGGAAGCCCAUUUAAAGAAUGGAUUACAGGUUGAACAUCCGAAAUGAAUAAAAGUACAAUGGUAAUUGGUAAUAUUUAUUAUUUUCAUUACUUCGUAUAUUCCGAAGUCAAUUCAAAUCACUUAGUACUAAACUUAUCUCACUAAUUUUAUAAAUAUAUACUCGUUAAAUUUACAACUUACACGUAAAUACAUUAAAAUUAUGGAUGAAAUACUCAUG